CGGCGUGGCGGUGCCCUUGCGGCGCAGCUGGGGUCGCGGCGCUGUUCCCCGCGCUCUCUUAAGGCCGGCGGGCGGCGCAGGAGCCGCAGUUGUGGCUGUGGCGGCCUCUAUAGCGGCUUCAGCAGAUUGGCGGCAUCAGCAUCAACACCAGCACUAGCAGCAUGUUGAGCCGGGCAGUUUGCGGCACCGGCAGGCAGUUGGCGCCGGCUUUGGGGUAUCUAGGCUCCAGGCAGAAACACAGCCUCCCCGACCUGCCCUACGACUACGGCGCCCUGCAGCCUCACAUCAGCGCGGAGAUCAUGCAGCUGCACCACAGCAAGCACCACGCGGCCUACGUGAACAACCUGAACGUCACCGAGGAGAAGUACCAGGAGGCGUUGGCCAAGGGAGAUGUUACAGCCCAGAUAGCUCUUCAGCCUGCACUGAAGUUCAAUGGUGGUGGUCAUAUCAAUCAUAGCAUUUUCUGGACAAACCUCAGCCCUAAUGGUGGUGGAGAACCCAAAGGGGAGUUGCUGGAAGCCAUCAAACGUGACUUUGGUUCCUUUGAAAAGUUUAAGGAGAAGCUGACGGCUGCAUCUGUUGGUGUCCAAGGCUCAGGUUGGGGUUGGCUUGGUUUUAAUAAGGAACGGGGACAGUUACAAAUUGCUGCUUGUCCGAAUCAGGAUCCACUGCAAGGAACGACAGGCCUUAUUCCACUGCUGGGGAUUGAUGUGUGGGAGCACGCUUAUUACCUUCAGUAUAAAAAUGUCAGGCCUGAUUACCUAAAAGCUAUUUGGAAUGUAAUCAACUGGGAGAAUGUAACUGAAAGAUACAUGGCUUGCAAAAAGUAAACCACGAUCAUUAUACUGAGUAUGUUAAGCUCUUUAUGACUAUUUUUGUAGUGGUAUAGAGUACUGCAGAAUACAGUAAGCUGCUCUAUUGUAGCGUUUCUUGAUGUCGCUUAGUCACAUGUUUCAUAAACAACUUAAUGUUCUGAAUAAUUUCUUACUAAACAUUUUGUUAUUGGGCAAGUGAUUGAAAAUAGUAAAUGCUUUGUGUGAUUGAGUCUGAUUGGACAUUUUCUUCAGAGAGCUAAAUUAUAAUUGUCAUUAUAAAACCAUCAAAAAUAUUCCAUCCUUAUACUUUGGGGACUUGCAGGGAUGCCUUUCCAAUCCUAUUUCAUUGCAGUUAUAGAAAAUCUAGUCUUUUUCCCCAGUUACUUAACAAUAAAAUAUUAACACUUUCCCAAGGGAAACCCUCAGCUUUCUAUAGAAAACUGCACUUUUUGUUGAGUAAUCCUCUGCAGUGAUACUUCCGGUAGACGUCACCCAGUGGUUUUGUUAUGGUCAAAUGUUCCUGUAUAGUUUUUGCAAAUAGAGCUGUAUACUGUUUAAAUGUAGCAGGUGUAACUGAACUGGGAUUUGCUCACCUGCGCAGUAAAGGCAAACUUCAACAGCAAAACUGCAAAAUGGUGGUUUUUGCAGCAGGAGAAAGGAGGAUAUUUCUUUGCAGGGCGCCAAGCAAGGAGAAUUGGGCAGCUCAUACUUAAGACCCGAUCUCCAUGAUGACUUCCAAGCUAGAGUUUUUAAAGGCAGUGGUAAAUUUCAGGAAAGCAGAAGUUAAAGGCAAAAUUGUAAAUCAGUUGAGAUCGGGUGCAUUCAGGGUGGAAUGGCUGUAUACCAAAAUUGUAAAUCAAUACAUGAAGCUUAUAUAUUGGUUUGGCCUGAAGGGUGAAGUGGGCAGACUUACAGGUUAUGGUGGAUUCAAAGACUCCCUGAUUUGUGAUUGGUUAAGGAAGCAAAGCUUUGUCUAAAAACUUGGGGUCCACAGAAAGGAACAAAAAGGUCGGGCCAGGCCCCUCAGCAAGAAACUUGGAACAAAGAAUGGAGGUCAGAGUUUAGUCCCUGGUGUUCCCCCUUAUCUAAUGUCUGUGUGAAUCCAUUUGGUAGGGGUCUGGGUUUCUGAAAAGUAGCUCAGGGACACAUGCUAAGGAUGUUUCUAGGAGACUCUAACUUCCCUGGCUAUUGUUUGAAACUGUUAUUUAUUACCUUCUUGCUUAUCAGGUUGCUGGUUUACUUCUCAGGGCUAGCUAGGUGCCUGGAAUUUUCAGUGAAGGAACUCAAGAUUUUCCUUUAUUUCUGUGCUUGUGGGAAUCCCCCUGGCACACCCCAAAGAGGGGUCCCUGCUCCAUCUCACAGGGAUCUUUUUUUAUAUUUGGCUUAUCAUGCAUUUCCCAUGUUGUUUCAUCAUCUCCCUAAUUUCCUGUUUUUGAGUAUUUCAUUUGUUUCUAAUUGUUAUUACAGAUCAUGCUGGGGUGGGGUGAGUAACUCUGUGCACAUAGGUUUAUCUCCUAUUGGAAUAUUUUCUUUAUAUAGGCCUUUUUUUUUUUUUUCCUGGAGACGGAGUCUUGCUCUGUUGUCCAGGCUGGAGUGCAAUGGCGUGAUCUCGGCUCACUGCAACCUCCACUUCCCGGGUUCAAGUGAUUCUCCCACCUCAGCCUCCUGAGUAGCUGGGAUUACAGGUACAUGCUACCACACGCGGCUAAUUUUUGUAUUUUUAGUAGAGACAGGGUUUCACCAUGUUGGCCAGGGUGGUCUCGAACUCCUGACCUCAAGUGAUCCGUCUGGCUUGGCCUCCCAAAGUGCUGGGAUUACAGGCAUGAGCCACGGCACCUGGCCUAUAUAGACUUUUCUCUUAAACCUAUUUAGUAAUGUUUUCCCAAGUUUAUUUUUAAUUUUUAAUUUUUUCCCCAACCUUAUUUUUCUAUUUUUUUUUUUCAAGGAAAAAUGGGGUAACUUAGCAGUUUCAAUAUUGAAGACUGAAUUUUUUAAAAAAUUUAAAUUCAAGGUACUUUUAAAAUUCAAUUAGAAAAGUAGGCUUUAAAAAUUAUUAGAGACGAGAGUACCGAAACUGUGUGUGUGUGUAUGUGUGCGUAUGCAUGCUUGUGGAUUGGAAAAGCUUUGGAGACUGAUGGCUUUUCAUUAUAUAUGUAUCACAGUGAAACAGCUUUUAUGUGUCAUGUAAGAUUACUACUUGCCUCUCUAAACAAGGUGGUGACUCUGUGUAAGUAGAUGGGCAAGUGGAACCUUUGGGAAGAUGAGCUUUUGAAUAUAAGUCGUCUGCUAGAUCAUGGUUUGUAUUGAACUAACAAGGUUUGCAGAUCUGCUGACUUAUAUAAAGCUUUUUGAUUCCUACUAAGCUUUAAGAUUUAAAAAAUAAUCAAUGUUGAAAUUUCUAUGGGGCUCUAUUUUUGCUUUGGCUUUCUGGUGAGAGAGUGAGGAAGCAUUCUUUCCUUCACUAAGUUUGUCUUCUCUUCUGGAUAGAUUGAUUUUAAGAGACUGAGGGAAUUUACAAACUAAAUAAUUUAAUCAUCUGGUGGAAAAAGAGACUUUAAGAUUGUAAAACAGGCUGGGUGGGGUGACUCACAUCUGUAAUCCCAGCACUUUGGGAGGCCAAGGCAGGUGGAUCACUUGAAGGAGUUCAAGACCAGCCCGGCCAACAUGGUGAAACCUUGUCUCUACUAAAAACACAAAAAAAUUUAAAAAGAUUGUUUAGCUCUGUUUUUCAUAAUAGAAAUAGAAAAAGUAAAGUUGCCUUUUCUUCUGAAAAGAGCAAGUAUUGUUCAGACCAAGAAGGGUUUUUGUGAUUGAAUCACCAGUGCCUGUCCUAGUCAUAGCUGUGCUUCAAAAACCUUAGCAUGAUUAGUGUUGGAGCAAAACAAGGAAGCAAAGCAAAUUCUGUUUUUGAAAUUCUGUUGCUUGAACUUUUUUGUAAUAAUUAAACUUUGAUGUUGAGAAAUUACAACUUUAUUGUACACUUCAUUGCAGCUUGAAAUUCAUGGUCUUAAACUGAGAUUUGGGUUUCUAUUGAGCACCUUUAAAAAAGUAAUACCAAACCAUAAAGUUAAAAUUGAUGUAUAUUGAGUCAUAUCUAAAACCAGGUAUAAACGUAAAUUGUAUUUCCUGUUUUAAUUUCAGGGGAACUACUGUUUGGGAAAGCUAUUAUUAGGCAAAUGUUUUAAAAAUUACUGUUUCUCAUUUUCAGUCAUACCCUAAUGAUCUCAGCAAGAUAAUGUCCUGUCUGCUAAGAUGUGCAUCAAGCCUGGUACAUACUGAAAAUCCUAUAAGGUCCUGGAUAAUUUUUGUUUGAUUAUUCAUUGAAGAAACGUUUAUUUUCCAAUUGUAUGAAGUUUUUGACUUAAUAAAGGAAUCUGUCAACCAUCAAA